AUGGAUAGCAAGGGAAAAGAGCCGGAUAAAAGGAACAGCUUCGUCUGGUUUCUUUCUCGUUGUUUUCACGAUGACCAUAAAACCAUACCGAUAAGGGAAAAGUGUCUUACGUUGGGUCGAGGCGAUAGCGUGGGAUACCAGUUUUGUCCAAAGAAAUACCAUUACCUAUCAAGAAAUCACUGUGCGGUACAGAUUAUUGACGGAAAACCCACCAUAACGGACUGUAAUUCUGCCCGAGGUACAUUUGUGAACAGUAAACGGUUGGACAAGUUUUCGCCGGGUCAAAUCGUGCUAAAUGAAGGCGACCAUGUUGGCAUCGGGCAUAAGAAUGAUGAGAUACAGCAGUAUUUCAAAUUCCACGAAAACAUACUGAAGUAUCGGGUGUGUCGCAGGAUCGGUGAUGAUGAAGCAAUCAUUAUCUCCGACGAAGAAGGUGAAACAACCAGCAACUCUGAAGCAUCAGCCGAGGAUGCUUAUGCUGUGCAAUCGUGCAUCAAAUCAUCACCCCCUGUAAAGGCUGAGGUUGAAAACGUCGUACCAAAGGCAGCGUCACCAGUACCUGGACCUUCCGGUCUGAGGAUAUCUUCAUGCAUGUCGAUAUCGAUGGACCUGUUGAAAAAUUCCAGCUUUGAAGAGGAGUACGAUCUGUGUGCCAAUAGAUUUAGUACCCCAAUGGGGUACGAAUCGGACACAGAGGCGGCCUCGCCGGGCUUCAACAACAGUGACGUUAUCGUUCUCUCGGACGAUGAUGAGUAUGUCGCUCUGCAGCACACUCAAACGAUACUAGAAGAGAUUAAGAAAGAUUUAGAAUGCACCACCGAAGAAGCAUCAAACAAAAACAUAAACGAAGAAACCACUAACCAGUGGGCCUUGAAGUUAAAACCGGACAUCGAUGCGAGACAGCGUUACAAGAAAAAAUCUAUAGAACACAAAAAAGGUCACCAAUCCACAAGGAAGGAAAAUGAUUCCUCACGCAAGGAAAAUGAUAAAAAUGAUGCCGGUAGCAAAUCAAUCGAUAAGCACAACAAACACCGCAAAUCUUCCGAACAAACUUCCUCAACAGACAAAAUAAGGAUAAAACAAAGCGAAAGCACGGAAGAAAAGCCACCGCCAGAUGUGCCGCUGAAGAUUUCGUUGAAGCGCAGCACCAACGAUUGUGUAAUGUCGAACGAAAGUACUGAGGAAACAAAACAGGUACGAAUGUCGCUCGAUACGGCCCCCAGACCAAAACAGUCCUCUGUGGGGGGCGGUUUGAGAAAGCGUACGGUGGAGGGUGGAGAAGGGAAAACGCUAAUUCAAGAGCAGACAAAGCGCUUGCCAAAUCGACGCCAUUCGGUUGCAGACUGGCGUGAGCUUGAGCCACGACAACGUAACGGAAUAAUUGAACUAACUCCACCGGAACAUUACACGGCCAAAGGUGGUUCCACGCAUCGGACCAGACCGCUUUCGCUGGACAGUGGUCCCGAUCCAAAGCCUUCCGGAGAAGCACACUCUUCGCAUGGAGCUAGAGAAUCGUCACAUAAAAAUAGCAAACCUGCCCUGAAACGGCGCAGUUCGAUUUCUUCGCGAGAGGAAAUGCAAGCGAUGAUUCGAAAGAAAAUGAAACCUCACUAUUCCGUAUCGGACCCAAUCUUUGACUUUCAACAAAUACCAGUAGUAAGUAAGGAGCAAAGGGAGCAACGCAAAACUCGAUUAAUGGAGGUCACGAUGAACAAGAAGAGACAGGAACAAUUGGACGCAUUGAAAGAUGAUACAACUGUUCCGAUGGUUAAGAAAACCGGUACAACCAAACCAAAGGUAAAGUUUACGCCAAACAACCGUGGCUCGUUCCUUACUGCAACCGUUCCACCACCACCACCACCCCUGAUCCGAGCCGUUUCCACAUCACGCCCCGCGUCUACGGAUGAAAGCAUCGUAUGUACACAAUCGACCGCCCUAGAGCUACUGCCGGGUAUACCGGAAGAGCAGCCAGUGGUUGAUAUGCGACCAAAGAAACUUACCUUCGAAGGGGUUGCACGGGUAAGCAACGUUGAUCGCCCGCUACCAAAUGGAAGCGCACCGAGCAAGAUAGCUGCCCGCCGAAAUUCCGUGUUGGACUAUUCGAAGAUUUUGAAACCAUCGGCUGCACUUCCCGCAAAAAAACCUUCCACCGGCGCGAUAACUUCAACCAUUUCCGAUAAAGCCCAAAGCUCCAAACACAAACCGCCCGAAAAAACCGUUAGUACGAGCAUUAGUAAUUCCAUUCCGGGUGUCCACAAACCGAACAGUUUCUAUGCUCCCCGCAUGACGGUAACUCCCGAAGCGACGAUAGUUAAAAAGCGUCCGCUACGUAGCAUUCUGAAACCGUACAAUUUCGAAAAGGGUGCAAAUGCGAUCCGAAAAAGUGUAACCAUCAUGGAGACUUUAAACAAAACGCGAUUGAUAGAAAAAAUCGUGUAUAGUUCGAAAAAUGUCAAUACGAAUGUAUCGACCGCUUACGUUCAGGAGCAGGCGCGUCUGCAAGAGGACAAGCUGAUCGUGGAAAUACUCCAAUGGCCGACCGGGCACUUAAUGCGCCAGGAAUCGUCGGAGUACGGCAAUAGUUUUCCGUUCGCCGCCGACGACAAAAUACCACCGAAGCUGGACAGCUAUGACGAGUAUGAAAGUUUCUGGCAGAUCCAUGCACAGUUUCUAAAACGAGAACUGUGGAAGGAAAUAUGUAACAAUGCUAGGGAAAUGUCUCUCUUCCUGACGCCCCACACAUUAAAGUGCCACGAGAAUCAAGAGUUGUGUGAACUUGAGUGUGAAGUUCCCCUUAGAAUUAUUGAGCAUGUGCACUGUCCGGCAUUUGAUUUCGGUGUUCUGGAGUACAACAUUGCACCGCACCAGAAAGCCAGUUCGUUUUUCUACAUCAAAAAACAAGAGACAGUAAAAUGGAACGGUGAGCUCGGUUGCCAUAAUAGUUCACGCACCCCCGAACAAGCAAUCAAAUACAUCCUGGUCGUAUCAAAAGCAGAGCUGAAACGCUUAAAAGUGGGCUGUCAGUUUGUCCUUCGGCCCAUAAUAAGAAUCCACCAGCACUUGCGGCAAUGGUGUGCGCUCCACGUACUGCAAUACUCACAACUGCUGGACAACAUUCUUACGCCCGCAUUCAACGUGCAGAACGUUCUAACGAUCGCGCAAGAGCUUCAGCAGCAACCAGCGAACGAGCUUACAAACGUAGCGAAACACUUGGAAGCGGGUGCACUGAAUCCGUGCCAGAUGCGUGUAGUUUCGUCGGUGCUGGAAGAGUGUCGCUAUGAUGAUUUGGCGACUAUUUCCAUCAUACAGGGCCCACCGGGGACGGGCAAAUCGCGCGUCAUCAGUCACCUGGUGCUGGAGCUGAUGCGUGUUGCACGUUCGGACAAUGUGAAGAUGAAGGUGCUCGUGUGUGCAGCUUCGAAUACGGCGGUCGAUGUGAUCGUGAAAAAAUUGUUAAACCUUAAGAAACGUACUGCUCAAACCAAAAACCUAAAGCUGGUACGAACGGGUGCAAGGAAUAAAGUGGAUCCUUCUUGCAUGCAGGUGUUUAUCGAUAGUCUGGUUCAGGAAAAAGUGAAUCCAUCGAAAGCACAGAGAAGCAAUAAUGCCACCGAGCCGAAGAAGCAAGAGAAACGUACCAAGGAUGAGAUUAAGGCAUACAUUAAAAUUAUCAGCGAGGCCGAUAUCGUGUGUACGACGCUGGGAAGCUGCUCGAUGUUACCGUACUGUGAGACACUUAAAUUUAACGUCUGCAUAGUCGAUGAAGCUACACAAUGUACGGAACUGUGUACGCUUCUCCCGCUGCAGUAUCACGUAUCCAAGCUGGUGAUGGUCGGUGACGUUAAUCAGCUACCGGCCACCGUACUAGAUCAGCAAAGUGCGGAAGCCGGUUACCGGAAAUCACUCUUCACCCGGCUCUACCAAUCGUACGUCGACAGUAGCGAGACGAAGGUGCUGAAGGUACUGAACACUCAGUAUCGUAUGCAUCCGGAAAUUUGUCACUGGCCAAAUGGUUACUUUUACCACAGCCAGCUAAAGAGUGCACCGUGCACUGAAGCCAACCGGAAAGACAUUCCACUCAAACCGUACAUGGUGAUCAGUUUGAACUACGAUCAAGAGCUAACGCAGGCACAGUACGAAAUCUACAACAAGGAUGAGAUACGUUUCGUGGUCGGGCUGGUUAAGCAGAUGGUACGGGCCUGUGAUAAGCAUGCGUCCUUUGCCAUCAUAACACCGUACUCGCGACACAAGGAAGAGUUACGGAAAACGCUACACCUGUCGCAGCUGGAGCGCGUGGAGGCGCAUUCGAUCGAUUCGGUACAGGGUAAAGAGUUCGAUGUGGUCGUCAUUUCAUUGGCACGUUCGAAUGGGACCGGAUUUCUGGAUCAACCGGAGCGUAUCAAUGUGGCGCUAACGCGUGCCCGACAGUGUUUGGUGUUGUGUGGGAAUUUUAGCAGUUUGAAGUACAAACCCGUCUGGUCAUCGUUACUAGCGGAUGCACAAAAGCGGAAAGUGUACUACGAGCUGGAAGAUCACGAUGCACAUGUGUAUAGUGAGCAGAUGGUGGAAAACAUCAUGCAACGGUUGCGCAAGAACUGA